AUGGAAUGGUCAUAAUUCAUUGAAAUUAAGAUCUUUAUGAAAAGUAAUCGAAAGUUUACCAAUUUUAGACUAGCAAUCAGAAAACUUAUUGGAGUUGAUAGAAUUUCAAUUGAAAAAAAUUGAUUGA